AUGUACACCGGCAAUCUUGCUGCUUCCGCCGCCACUGCGGGGUAUGUAGUUCUGGCCGAGGGGGGCAUUGAGUUGGCCAAGAGCUUGAUGACCAUGACACGCCUCCUCGCGGCCAUUCUGCCGCUCCUUGCCCUUCUCAUCGCCAACGUCCACGCCACGUUGAAGCCUACCAGCGACACAAAGGCCGUGUGCGACGCGCUCCGCGCCCGGUAUCCGGACAAGCUCGUGUGGGAUCCGCUCGGGCCGUACGGCAUCACCACGCUCGGCCGCUCCAGCGCGUACAACUCGGCCAACCUCGACUACUGGAACGCCGCGAGCAGCCUGAACCGCGCCGCCUGCGCCUUCUUCCCCGCGACGACGGACGAGGUCGCCUUUGCGGUGCAGACGCUCAACAGGUACGAGUCGGUCCGCUUCGCGCUCAAGGCCGGCGGGCACAACCCCAACCUCGGCUGGUCGAGCGUCAGCGGCGGCGUGCUCGUCGCGUUCCGGCCCAACUUCCAGACCGCGCAGCCGGCCGCCGACGGCAAGACGGUCGUCAUUGGCGCCGGGUGUAAGUGGGAGGACGUGUACGGCGUGCUGCAGCCGCUCGGCAAGACGGUCACGGGCGGCCGCCUCGGCGAUGUCGGCACCACGGGUCUGCUCCUCGGCGGCGGGCUUUCCUAUCUCUCGGCUCAGCAUGGAUUCGCCUGCGACAAUGUCCUCAACUUCGAGACGGUCCUCGCCAACGGCACCGUCGCGCACGCCAACGCCACGUCGAACCCGGACCUGUUCUUUGCGCUGUGCGGCGGCGGCAACCGCUACGCCGUCGUGACCAAGAUCACCAUGGAGGUGUUCGAGUCCGGUGUCGGCGGGCAGGUCUGGGGCGGCGUGCGGAUAUACACCGAGGACAAGCGCGCGGCGAUCAUCGCGGCCGUCGCGCGCUUCACAUCCGAGAACACGGACCCCAAGGCGGCCAUCAUCCCGACGUUUGACUUUGCCGGCGUGCUCGCGCUCAGCGUGCCUGUGGUCAUCGUCGCCUUCUUCUACGACGGCGUGGUCGUGCCCGCGGGCAUCUUUGACGCGUUCGACGCGGUCCGGCCGCUGAGCGACAGCACAAAGGUGCGCACGUUUGUGACAAUGGCCGAGGAGCUUCUCGCCGGCGACAUGAAGGGCCUGCGCUUCCGCAUCGGCGUCAACUCGUUCCCCGCCAUGCCGGGCGCCAACAUGACGGCCUUUCUCAACGACCACUACGACCUGGUCAAGCGGCGCUCCGUCGAGGCCGCGCUCAAGGAGCCGCUCGACUUCAAGAUUGUCAGCUUUGCCGUGCAGCCGAUGCCGCGCGGCAUCGCGCAGGCGUCCCGCGACCGCAACGGCGGCAACGCGCUCGGCAUCAACCCGGACCACGGCGACCGCGUCUGGAUCGAGUACGACAUCGCGUGGGCAAAUCCCCUCUGCGACGUGCUCUGCACGCAGUGGCUCAAGAGCAUGGUGCAGGAGGCGCACGACCUGCAUGUGGAAAAGUAUUCGGGGAUUUACCCGACCAACUACCAGAGCGGCGACUUGGAAACCCUCAGCUACAACCCCAUAUUUAUGAAUGAUGCCUUGAGCUCGCAACCCGUGCUGCAAAGCUACGGCGAGCAGAACCGUGCGCGACUGAUGGCUAUUCAGUCAGCUUAUGAUCCGCACGGCUUCCUCAUGAACCGACAGGACGGGCCUGCGUUUUAG